GGGGGUUUUAAAUAAUAUCAGGAAUACCAGUUGACUGCAAAAUCGCCAGAUUAUCCAUCACAAAGUCGUAAUUCUGUUUAUAAUAUGUGCAUGUGGACGUGAUAUUUGAUAUAUUUGGAUCCUACAGUAAAAAAAAGCAGCUGCUGAACUUUUUUCGAUGUGUAGUUGAUAUUUUUUGGAGCGAUGUCUGCAAUAGCCACGGCCUCCGCCGCCACUGUCUCAGUGGACGAAGAUGCCGACGAGUGUGGACCGCAGUUGAUAUCUAAAUUAGAGGGCAAUGGUAUCACAUCGGGAGACAUAAAAAAGCUGGAAGAAGCCGGGUACCACACGGUUGAGUCUGUGGCAUAUGCACCAAAGAAAUGGCUGAUUACCAUCAAGGGCAUCUCGGAGCAAAAGGCGGACAAAAUACUGGCAGAGGCUUCUAAACUUGUGCCUAUGGGAUUUACGACUGCUACAGAGUUUCAUCAGAAAAGGGCAGAGAUCAUACAAUUAACGACAGGAUCCAAAGAGCUGGACAGGCUGCUGGGUGGAGGCAUCGAGACGGGCUCCAUCACGGAGAUAUUCGGAGAGUUCCGCACCGGCAAAACACAGAUCUGCCACACUUUGGCAGUCACUUGUCAGCUACCGAUUGAGCAGUCGGGCGGCGAGGGUAAGUGCAUGUAUAUCGACACGGAGGGCACGUUUCGGCCGGAGCGCCUGCUAGCCGUGGCGCAGCGCUAUGGCAUGGAGGGCGGCGCUGUGCUGGACAAUGUGGCGUACGCGCGCGCCUACAACACCGACCACCAGACGCAGCUGCUGCUGCAAGCCUGCGCCAUGAUGGCCGAGUCCAGAUAUUCACUGAUAAUAGUAGACAGCGCCACAGCCCUUUACAGGACGGACUAUUCAGGCCGGGGGGAGCUCAAUCCGAGACAGCAGCACCUGGGCCGCUUCAUGCGGAUGCUUCUCCGGCUGGCUGAUGAGUUCGGCGUAGCAGUGAUAAUAACCAACCAAGUGGUCGCUCAAGUGGACAGCGUGGGAGUAUUCAACGCGGACACCAAGAAGCCCAUCGGUGGGCACGUGCUGGCCCACGCCUCCACCACCAGGCUCUACCUGCGGAAGGGCCGCGGCGACAACCGCAUCUGCAAGAUCUACGACAGCCCGUGCCUGCCCGAGACGGAGGCUAUGUUCGGCAUCAGCACCGAGGGCAUCACGGACGCCAAGGAGUAGAUCCAGGGCUCCACACACUA